AUGAAGUGCAUAACUAUUUUUAUGUUGACUUUAACCGUAGCGCUAAAUGUUUUUGGGGCCGAAAUUCAAAUCCGUGAUGAACUGCAAGCUGUAGCCGAGCAGAUCUCUAUCCUCAAGACGAUGCAUAAUACCGAUGUGUCCGAUAUGAAAAAGGAUAUUGACGACCUAAAGCAAGUGUCGGCGAUCCACUCUACCAACAACCACGAGCGCAACGAGCAUGCUACCCUGCAAUGGGCCAGGCGAUCAAUGGAUGAGAUUCGAGUCGAGAUGCGUGAAUUGGAAGAAAGUGUCAAUAACUCCGUACUCCUUCGUCAGCUUCAUGUCAUCCGAAACGAGUUGAAACAAGCCUUAAUGGAAACCUCUGAUCUGGCCCAACUUGCCCGCACCCAAGAAGCUCGUAUUGAUAAAUUGGAUAGUGAGGUUGGCCGCAUGAAGUACGAGGGACAACAGAUGAGGACCGUGAUCGCUGAACAACGCACUCACAUCAAUAAACUUUCUAAAGAGGUCAAGGCUAAGCAGAUCGCUGACAUGAAUCUUGAGAAUGAAAUCCUGGAACCAUUUGAAAACCGACCUGGACCCCUCAAGCCUGAGCGUAACCACAAGUACCGCCAUAAUAAGAUGGUUCAUGCCCAGAUUUCUCGGCUUGCUCAUUCUCAAGACCAGAUGGAUGAAUUCCAACAAAGUCUGCAAACACAGAUCUUGGAUGUUCAGCGGCGAAUGGACCGGUUCGAGGAGCCCAAUUGGAACCUCUUGUCAGCUAAAGUUGAAUUUUUAGAAUUAGAAACCAAGGUCCUGGACGAUCACUUAAAAAACGUAACGCAGAAGGUUUCCGAUUUUGACAAGGUCCAUGCUUCGAUCUUGGAGUUGCGCGAAGAUGUCGAAAGCAUCGAAAACAAAGCUGAUAAAACUAUUCCCGAAUUUCGUAAGGAGAUAUCUAAAUUGGAUGUCAACUUUGCUCAGCUUAACGCGGCUUCGUCCUACUUUAAAGAAGACCAGGAAAAUCUGAGGCAGUCAGUGAAGGCAAUAGCAGUAAGCGUAAGCAACGCAAUCGACAGGGCUGAGAUGGACAGACUGGUUAUGAAGAAAAUCAACGAAUCUGUGGAGGAACUCGAAGCGCGAUCCCGGCAACACUUCUAUCGGCUCAAUGAUCAUAUCUUGAAGAGCGAAGCCAACCAUGACGUGAAUCAAACUGAAAGCAUUCCUCUGCCUGAACUGAUGGGAGAAGUAAAAGAACUGCAACCUGUAGAGCGUGAAUACGAAGAUCUCGUCAACCAACUCCCAAGGGACUGCUCCAGCAUCUCCGGGCCUGCCGGCGUUUACCUCAUCCACCCUGGCCAAGCACCAUUCGACACAUGGUGUGUCAACGGGAGCACCCUGAUUCAACGGCGCUACAAUGGAUCUGUGGAGUUCAACCGGAAGUUUUCUGAGUAUGUACAUGGCUUCGGCGACCCGGCUUCGGAGUACUGGUUGGGCCUGGAAUCAAUGCACCGGUUGACUGCUGAUAACUGUUCGUCGAUGCGUAUUGACAUGAGCGAUAUUUAUGGAGGAUUCUGGUAUGCUGAAUAUGAACACUUCUAUGUUGGUAGCGCUGACGCUGGAUACACGCUGGAAGUAGGAGGAUUCAAGGGAAAUGCGAGUGAUGCUUUUGAUUACCAGAACCAUAUGGAAUUUUCAGCAAUUGACCGAGACCGCGAUAUCUCUAAUACUCACUGCGCCGGAAAUUAUGAAGGAGGAUGGUGGUUUUCGCAUUGCCAGCACGUCAACAUCAAUGGAAAGUACACUCUCGGUCUGACAUGGUUUGAUUCCGUGCGCAACGAGUGGAUAGCCGUAGCCACGAGCGAGAUGCGCAUGUCCCGCCGGCCUGGUUGCUCUUAA